AUUAAAGUCCAUGUCUUUUGUCUUCAGUUUCUUAUCAAGGAACAUUUGCAUAUGAACAUGGAAUCCCAUUUGUUUCACUCUUAACAAGUCUUUUUAUUUUUCUUUUUAACCUAAUUUGUUGUUUUUUUGUUGAUCAGACAGAAAUUUGAUACCUUGGGUCUUUUUUAUUUUUCUCUUAUAGCUCUGAACUGCUUUUUUUUUUAGUGAUAAAAUUCAAAAAUUGUGAUCACUGAGUAGCUUAUGACAUUGAAAACCCUAAUGCUGGAGAGACCCAGAUCGGUUUCUUUGUACAGCUAUCAAUUUAUGAGCCACCUCGAGUUGCAGUUCUUUCUAUAGUCAUCAUUUACUCUAUCUGUGGACUACUUUCCCUUGUUUUCCAGGCCUUUUACAUGCAAAUUCGUGCUCUACAUUGUCGAUCUCCGAGAGUAGGCAUCGAUGUCGAUCAUAUGCGGCCUCCCACUCCUUGAAUGUAUUUACUGCCUAGCUUGUGCUCGAUGGGCAUGGAACCGAUGCCUGCAUACCGCUGGCCACGAUAGUGUAACAUGUGGUCUUGCAACCGCCGAAGAAUUCGAACCUGUUCCUCGACUUUGCCGCUACAUUCUAGCUGUUUAUGAGGACAAUAUUCGACAUCCCCUUUGGGAACCCCCUGGAGGAUAUGGGAUCAACCCUGAUUGGUUAAUUCUCAGAAAAACUUACAAAGACACUAGAGGACGGGCUCCUUCUUACAUACUAUACCUCGAUCACGAGCAUUCCGAUAUAGUUCUUGCCAUUAGAGGUCUUAAUUUGGCAAAAGAAAGUGAUUACCAAGUGCUUUUGGAUAAUCAGUUGGGUAAAAGGAAAUUUGAUGGUGGCUAUGUUCAUAACGGACUCUUGAAGGCUGCCGGAUGGGUUUUAGAUGCAGAGUGUGAAGUUUUGAAGGAACUCGUCGAGGAGCACCCAAAUUAUACUUUGACAUUUGCAGGACAUUCUCUCGGGUCAGGUGUAGCAGCCAUGUUAGCUUUGGUGGUUGCCCAGCAUCAGGAUAAACUUGGAAACAUCGACAGGAGUAGGAUCAGGUGCUAUGCUAUCGCGCCUGCUAGGUGCAUGUCGCUGAAUUUAGCAGUCAGAUACGCAGAUGUCAUUAAUUCCGUUGUUCUUCAGGAUGAUUUCUUGCCACGAACAGCCACGCCGUUAGAAGACAUUUUCAAGUCACUUUUCUGUUUGCCAUGCCUACUAUGCCUGAGAUGUAUGAAGGAUACUUGUAUACCUGAGGAGAAGAUGCUUAAAGAUCCAAGGAGGCUAUAUGCACCCGGUCGCCUCUAUCACAUUGUCGAGCGAAAGCCUUUCAGAUGUGGAAGGUUUCCCCCAGUUGUGAAGACAGCAGUGCCCGUGGAUGGAAGGUUCGAGCACAUAGUUCUUUCGUGUAACGCCACAUCUGACCAUGCUAUAAUAUGGAUUGAAAGAGAAUCACAGAGAGCCAUGGAUUUAAUGCUAGAGAAAGAUAGGAUCAUGGAGAUACCAGCAAAACAAAGAAUGGAAAGGCAAGAGACAUUAACAAAAGAACACAAGCAAGAGUACAAAGCUGCACUUCAAAGGGCUGUUUCAUUAUCAGUGCCCCAUGCUUAUUCGCCACCGUCCGAAUACGGAACUUUCGACGAGUCCGAGGACGUAGAGAAGUACAACUCCUGUAAAUUGAGUAGCGAGUCAUCCGUUGGAUCGUCGGGGAAAAGCAAGAGCAAAGUAAGCUGGAACGAAUUGAUCGAACGACUUUUCGAUAGAGAUGAAUCUGGGCAUAUGGUGCUCAAGAAAUCACAUAGGGAUGAUUGGUGAAAUGUAAUUAUUUUUGGAAAAUAACAUGGACAGAAAAAGAAAUAUGAAAAAUAUUAGGAUAUUUGUGAUAAACAACAUCAUUCAUUGAUUAAAUUUAUACUAAAGUUCCGAUCUCAUUACGAUAA